AUGGGUAUUAAAAUCUGGGAACGUUUAACCCAAGCCGAUAAUAUAUUUCAGUCACUAAGGCCCCUAACAUAUAUCUCAAUAAUCGGUUUGGCUCCAUUCCACCUCAAGUCGCAAAAUGAAGUUCGAACCUCCGCAUUAUCCUAUGUGGCCGGUAUCAGUCAUUUCCUAUUCUUCAGCCUAUGUUUCCUUAUGUCGCGUUGUGAAAAUGGUUCGAUAAUCGGAUAUUUCUUUCAAACAAACAUCACCAAAUUGGGUGAUUUCACGCUCUCGUGCACCGGUGUCAUUGCCAUGUUGACCAUAUUCGGUUUUGCAAUUUUUAAACGCGAUCGCUUGAUUGCAAUUCUUCAAAAUAAUUUGGUGGUCGAUGAGAUCUUUGUUCGGCUCGGUAUAAAAUUGAAUUAUCGUACGAUUUUUUGGUAUUCCUUUUUAAUGUCCUUUGCCAUGUUGCUGUUCAAUUUUAUUUAUUUGUGUGUGAGUUAUAUGCUGCUCAGAUCGGCAGAGAUAACACCAUCCUUUGUGGUCUUUACGACGUUCGCAUUGCCGCACAUCAACAUCAGCAUUAUGGUAUUUAAAUUUAUGUGUACCACUCACUUGGCCAAGAGUCGUUUUCAUAUGUUAAAUGAGAUUCUCCAAGACAUUCUAGAUUCUCACAUAGAAGAUAGCCAUGCUGUGGAAUUAUCUCCCCUGCAUUCAGUGGUGCGUAUUAAUCGCAGCGCACCAAGACGUCGUCCGGCCACAAUCUCAAUUGCAACCAGUCAACAACAACGUUAUAGUGUCGCCUCAAUUAUACGACAAAAUCCCGAAUUGGCUAUACGACAGGUUACCAACAUUCACAAUCUCUUGUGUGAUAUCUGCAACACAAUUGAAGAAUAUUUUACCUAUCCCCUGCUGGCCAUUAUAGCAAUUUCAUUUUUAUUUAUACUAUUCGAUGAUUAUUAUCUGCUGGAGGUUAAAUUAAAUCCAAAUUGUGUGGAGGUAUUUGAGGCAGAUGAAUUCUUCGCCUUUUUCAUAACACAAAUGUUCUGGUAUGUCAUCAUUAUUGUGUUGAUAGUGGAGGGUAGCAGUCGCACGAUUAAGGAAAGUGGUAAAUGUGCUGCCAUUGUUCACAAGAUUUUAAAUAUUACCGAUGAUGGAGAUAUUAGGGAUCGUCUACUGCGUUUAUCACUGCAGCUGCAACAUAGACGGGUUAGAUUUACUGCUGCGGAAUUAUUUAAUCUGGAUCGAACAUUGAUAUUUACGAUGACUGGAGCUGCCACCUGCUAUUUGAUUAUAUUGGUGCAGUUCAGCACCACUCAUCAUUCGAAUCCGAAUCAAUUUAAUGGUACAAAUUGUGUUUCCUAA